GGGGGGGGGCGGAGCCUGGAGGACUCUAGACACACAGCCUAUCAUAAAGUUUGUCACUGUUGUGAGUGCUGCUUACCUGUGCGCCAAAACACCCGCAAAUGCUUCACUUGGACCGUCUGCGAAGGAGAAAAUCUGAUGAAAUAUGAUGAGGAUAUUAUUUUUUCCUGUGCACGUUUUUUCGAAGAAGCAAGGGAAGAAGCAGCUGAACUGAGACUGAGUUUCUCCAACCCAGGGUGCAUUUAUUCCAAAGAGAAAAUAACAGCAGGAGCAGCUUAAAGGACAAACAGGUUUCUUUCGACACAUUGCCAUCCCACCAUGUGCUAAUCCUCCCAGCACGCCCCGAAAAAUAGUGACUAGCACUUUGAGCAGCCGACCUCAUCAAAAGUCCUGCACCUGCACCAGCUUCUCUCAUGGCCCACCCUUACGAGCCUUGGUUACGGACAGCACCACCGAGUGGCAGCUCAGAAGACAUGAACAUCCCGUCCUGGUGGGACCUCCACAGGGACGUCCAAUCGGGGAGCUGGAUAGACCUGCAGACAGGGCAGGGUGUCGGCUUGCCUUCAGUAAAUCCUGGGGGGUCCAUGGGGUUGCAGCAUUCUUUAGGGCCCUACGGAUCAGACCCUCAGCUGUGCACCCUGCCUCAAUCUCAACUCAAUCCCGCCUCGCACUCUUCUCACCUCUACCCCCAGGAUGGCUUCAAGAUGGAGCCACUGGCCCCUGAAAUGCUGCAGCAAGAACCCUUCUCCCUGGACGAACCACAGGAGAACGCGGUCUCAGCCCGGCCCAAGCCCCAGCGCCGCUCUUCUUCCAGAGGUGCCGGCCAGACGGCGUGUCGCUGUCCUAACUGCGUCCACGCUGAACAGCUGGGCCAGAGCACCGACGACAGCAGGAGGAAGCACAUGCACAACUGCCACAUCCCCGGCUGCGGCAAAGCCUACGCCAAGACCUCCCACCUGAAGGCUCACCUGCGAUGGCACAGCGGGGACCGGCCGUUUGUCUGCAACUGGCUCUUCUGCGGCAAGAGAUUCACGCGCUCCGAUGAACUGCAGCGCCACCUCCAGACGCACACUGGUGCCAAGAAGUUCAGCUGCGCAUUGUGCCCUAGGGUGUUCAUGCGCAAUGACCACCUGGCCAAGCACAUGCGCACGCACGAGUCGCCGCCAGGACAUGGGGAGGAGAGGAUAAAUGGAGACGGGAGGAUGGAGAAGGGCUUUGAUACACCUACACCUCCGUCAUCCUCAAAUGUGUCUGCGUCCGAUGCCACAGAGCCUCCGCUGAAGCUGAAAUGUGAGACAGACCCCUCAGUCUCCAGCGUGACAGGGCAGUCCGGCUAAUUUAAUCACUUUCAGAAGAGGUUUUUUUUUUGCAGUUAAAGGUUAACAUGGGUUUCCCUCUAUGUCAUAGAGGUGUUAUAGUUUUACGAUAGAAUAGAGAAUAGAAAAAAAGGUUUGGACAAACUUUCUUUGAUGAAAGUUGGAUGGAACAGAAAGUGUUCGUCUGUGGUCCUGUGGAUGUGUCAACUGGGCUAACUCAGUGAUAUUCUAAAUGUUACAGCACACAGAAAUAAACAGGAAUUUUACUGAUUCUGUGGAUAAAACUUUCCUCUGUUUACUCACAGUGAAAGGUGGCUAAGGAGGCGACCAAGCUGAAGCGGCAGCUUGUUGCUGGACUUCCAUUGCUGCUAGAGCUACCAGUAGACCAAGACACUGGGAUGAGAUUAACUGAAGGUGGCAUGUUAACUUGUUUACAAUGAAAUGAAUCAAAUGUGCUAAAUCAAGUGUUGGAGAAAUGCUUUUCUCCAACACAGUUUAAUAUACCAAUUCCAAAGGCAGCAUGCUUUUGAACAGAGAAAACAAGAGACAUAGAUACUUUGUUUUUGUCUCAGACUGUCACCAUAUGUGUGUGUGUAGCCUACUGAGCAACUUUUGAUACAGAAAAACAGGAAGACACUGGAAUACAAUACAGCAUUUUAUAAGUUCGUGCCAGAAAACUGGGUGUGUAUGUAGGCAUGCAAGUAAUUAAAAUGGUACGUACACACAAUGAAAGUACAACAGACAAUAAUUGUACUGUUACAGCAAGUUAUAUUAUCAUAAUAUAUAAUA